CUGCAGGCCGGACGCCAUCUUGCUGGUUUGUGGCCAGGCUUGGAUCUAGCGGCAGCAGUGGCGAGGGCGUGGGGAAGGGUGGGGUGAGGGGGCGAGGCCGCGGCGAGGGCGGCGAAACUCUCCUCCCCUUAGCCCCACCGCGUGGGACGGCGUGAACGCGGUGUCGGAGGGAUGUCCGCCUUCUCCGAGGCGGCGCUGGAGAAGAAGCUGUCGGAGUUGAGCAACUCGCAGCAGAGCGUGCAGACCUUGUCCCUGUGGCUCAUCCACCACCGCAAGCACUCGCGGCCCAUCGUCACUGUGUGGGAGCGGGAGCUGCGUAAAGCCAAACCCAACAGGAAGCUUACUUUUCUCUACCUAGCCAAUGAUGUCAUUCAGAACAGCAAAAGGAAGGGGCCGGAGUUUACAAAAGAUUUUGCACCAGUUAUAGUGGAGGCUUUUAAGCAUGUUUCAAGUGAAACUGAUGAAAGUUGUAAGAAGCACCUUGGAAGAGUGUUAUCUAUUUGGGAAGAAAGGUCUGUUUAUGAAAAUGAUGUAUUAGAACAGCUUAAGCAAGCUCUGUAUGGCGACAAGAAGCCUAGGAAGCGAACUUAUGAACAGAUAAAGGUGGAUGAAAAUGAAAACUGUUCGUCUCUGGGAUCUCCAAGUGAACCACCACAGACUCUAGAUCUCGUUAGAGCCUUACAAGAUCUAGAAAAUGCAGCUUCAGGUGAUGCAGCAGUUCAUCAGAGGAUAGCUUCUUUGCCUGUUGAAGUCCAAGAAGUAUCCCUACUAGAUAAAAUAACAGAUAAAGAAUCUGGAGAAAGGCUUUCUAAAAUGGUAGAGGAUGCUUGUAUGUUGCUGGCAGAUUACAAUGGCAGAUUGGCGGCUGAAAUAGAUGAUAGGAAGCAACUCACUCGAAUGUUAGCCGAUUUUCUUCGUUGUCAAAAGGAAGCCCUUGCAGAGAAAGAACAUAAAUUGGAAGAAUACAAGCGCAAGUUAGCCAGAGUUUCCCUGGUGCGCAAAGAACUCAGGUCCCGGAUCCAGAGCCUGCCAGACUUAUCUCGAUUGCCUAAUGUCACUGGCAGCCACAUGCACCUGCCCUUUGCGGGGGACAUCUACAGUGAAGAUUGAUGACCAGUCUCUUUCUAGGGCCCAGGACUUUGCAAGAGAUGGAGACAGGUUAGGUGGAUAGUCCUGUAGCGUUAUUUUUGUAUAUUGUUGAGAGAGUGACACUAACAAAGGAAACGACAAGUAAUUUAUAAAAUUGUUUAAAAUGUUGGUUUGUUUACUAUUUUAUUGGUAAGUUAACAUUGACUUAGUUUAAACAAAGUGAUGAUCUCUGUGUAUUAAUAAGCUCACAAAUAGUGAUUAUUUUCAAAAGAUCUCUUUGUAAAUUUUUUUGAUCCAGGGCCUUGUGAGAAAUUCCAUGUUUCUAUUUCUUCAUGUAUUUUCAAAUGUUUUUCUUUAUUUUCUUCAGUAUCUAAUCACUAUAUAGUAUGUAAUUCCUAAAGGGGAAGAACUAAUCAGGGGUUGUUUGAGACUUUAUUAUGGUAUAAUUAGGACUUGAUUGUAGAAGGGACUAAAUGUUCCAACUUAAUCUUCACCCUUGUCCCCCACCAAAAUAUCGUUUCUGUGCCUCUCAAUGUCUUUGAUUCCUUAUUCCCUAGAGGUCAGUAAUUUAACGCUAAACGUGGAUGUCAUUUUGAGGGUCAGAUCAUAGCCUAGAGAACUUUUCCUCAGUAGCACUAUAGGGGUUCCAUUCCAACUGCCAGUG